AUGCAGCUGAGCGAUGAAGUCUCCCAACUGUGCAAGGAAAGAACAGAAAUUCUUGGCCAAACCCUCGCCCACGUCGACGAGAUCGGCCACUCGUUCGAGGACAUGAACCGCUGGCUCGACGAGGUCGAGCGAGAUCUAGCUGGUCAGCCAUCCGUCACGACAGCAACUCCAUCGCAUGAGCUGGCCAAGCAGCAGCAGCACAACUUGGAGCUCUCCGCCGUCAUCGCCGCCCAAACCCCAUUGGUCGAGCGCUUCGAGUACAACGUCAACUCCCUUGCCGAACUCGUCGGCCCCGCCGAUGUCCAAGCUCUGCGCCAAAUCUACGAUCAAAUUGUUGGCCGCUACAAUGACGUGAAAAACCAAGUGAAAUCGAGAGGAGAAGCCAUUGACAGUAUCUUGGAUGCCACAGAGGCGUUCGGCGAUCGUCUCGACGUCUUCUUGGCGACGCUGGAAGGAGCCGCAGAAUCGCUACGUCAGCCAGCCGCCGUUUCCGCAGACCCUGGGUUGCUCCAGAAUCGCAUUGCCGAGAAUGAGGCGCUUUUGGACUCGUUGAGGGAGAAGGAAGCCGCCCUCGACGCGAUGAAGGAACGAGCAAACGAACUUCUCGCCAGGGCACAGCCAGGCGAUGCUGCCGCUUCAGAAGUGGCCGCCAAGAUCCAGGCCCUCGAGCAGCUGUGGGGUGAAAUCGGAAGAGGUGCCGAGAUGCGCGGCGCGUUCCUGAACGACGCGCUCGCGAAGGCGCACCAAUUCUGGGCCGAGCUCGACGACUGCCAGAAGGCCAUCGACGACUUGAAGGAAGCCCAAGCCGAACUCACCGCCAAACGCCCCGAAUAUGAAGCCGUCCGGAGAAGAGGCCAAUCAGUCUGCGACCACGCCCCCAAGGCUGAACGCCGCGAACUUGAGGGACGUUCCGACGGCCUGAAGAAGGAGUGGGAGCGGCUCGACAAGAUGUCGAAGGAACGUCUCCGAAAGGCCGAAGAAGCCGUACUGGAGAGCGGGGCCUUCGAGGAUGCCAUCGCCGACCUGGAGGCGUGGUGCGAUGCUGAACUCCUGGAUGCCGAGACGGACUUGGCUAUGGAUGGCGCGAAGGUGCACGGCGACGUGGAGACGAUCGAAGCCGCCGCGGACGCGCGCGCGGAAGCGCUGCGGAAGGCGAUGGAACAAGCCGAAGACUUUGACGCGAAGGCCCAUGGGCUGUUGGCUUGGAUGGACGGGCUGGACGACAGGUUGAAGGCGGCCGGAAAGGAGCCCAACCUCGACAAAGCCAUCCCCGCCGCGCAGGCCGUGCUCGACGAGUUGAAGGCAGAGGAGGCCAGGAAAGAGGUCGUGCUCGCUCGAGACGAGUGGAAACGAGUUUGGCUCACGAUCCGAUGGGCCCAAAACGCGCUCGAUGAAGCAAAGGAGAUGCUGGAGGAGAUGAAGCGGCUGGAAGGAUGGGAAUGGGAGGAUUGGAAGGAAAGAUACUGCGACUGGAACGACCAUGCUAAAGGGAGGGUGACGGAUCUGUUCCGCCGGAUCGACCGGCCGGCCACCGGAAAUCAUGCCAAGAUGAGCCCCUACAAGAUUGAGAGAAUCGCUGAAGGACGGUAUCGGUUCGGAGAUACGCAAAUCAAGCAUUCUGAGCCGCAAUUUGCGGUGCCGGGACCGAUAAUUAAGAUCAGAGAAAAAACCGAACGCAACAUGCCAAUGUUCCCAGGGCAACAUCGCCCGGGCGGCUCGGCCCAUUCCUCGAAUUCCCGCCUCCGAACCCCAAAAUCAGACGUCUCGCUAGGCGAUUCCCACGAUUGGCAAAGGAUGGCC